AUGGCGGAACUCGAGAGGGAGCUGAGAGACUACAUGGCGAAUUUUGGUUAUCCAAUGGCCGUGAACAGGGAGGUCAUCAGGGACACAGCGUUGCAGAUUGCAAGUCGGCUGCUGGGGCUGAAUGACUUCUGCGCGAGCGACGAGUGGAUCGAGGCAUUCAUGGUGCCGUACCAGCAGGUAGGAGAGAGCAAACACAUGGAGGGAAGCAACGUCAAUGGCGAUUCCUGUUUGCCCGCAUGCUCUAUUUCUCUCCAGAGCCCACCUGUUGUUGCCGCUGCGGCGGCUGCAAACAGUGCCUACUGCCCGGGUCAUCCAACCCCGAGCACACAGUCGCCCAGCCCCCUCACCCCACAAGCAGGUCGGCCGCUGAAUGACUACACAUGUACCAGCACAUAUUCAUUGGAACUGCUGCGCUUCAGGCAAUGGCGGCGCUGCCGUACGUACCCCCGUGACGUCAUCCCCUGCUCAGGUGAGCGUGUGUACGCACUUACGUGACUGUAGCGGCCCUGUGUGAUACUGUCUGUAUAUACAUGUGUUCCCUACUGGCUCCAGAGCACUACGGGCGCUGCUGUGGAGCAACAGUCGGAACAUUCACAUGGCCGGGACACCAUGAGUGUAAGAAGCACUACCACACCAUCUGUCUGAGUACACAUCAGCCAUCUACAUGUGUACUGUGUUGUCUCAGGUCGUCCACUCAGAGGACAGGAGGACGGCCAGUGGCGACAGGCACCCCAAGUACCAGAAGAAUGACCGAUUCCCGCACUUAGAGGACCCGUGCUCGGUGGUAAGGGGUGCAUAGGGAUCACUCGGCUGCAGCGCAUCCGUAUUGUCGUCUUCGUGUUGUGUGUUCAGGUAUGGUCUCGUUCGUCGGUCAAGUCUGCGAUCAGCGACAGCGCCGAUGACACCUCCAGUGGCAAACAAGAGGUCAGUACGAAGGGAGGACACAGCAAUAGCUUCCCUGCUGCACAUGGGGUGUACACGUCCUUCUCUGUCUCUUGUGCCGUCACCAGGCCGAUGCUGACAUCAUUAGUUUGUCAUCCGAUGGUGUGGUCGCUGCAAGGGUCCUGGCGGCUUGCAGCACGACAGAACAAGGCUGUAGCGACACACUGCGAGGCGACGUGAUACCUAAAAUGACAGCCAUUGACCCCUCACUCGUUACCGUUCACCAAGCAUACGACUGGUAAAACACUUGCACACAUACGUACUCGUCCACGUAAAUUAUCAGAUGGUAUGGCAGGUACACUUAUGAGCAGAACAAGGGCGUCAGUGGCUGGUUCUCCUUACUGGGGCCUGUUCAUCAAGGAGGACAACACUACGACCUGCGCAGGCAGGUACUCAGCAAGCGAAACGACGCAGGAUAGGCCGACAAAGACUCUAGUGUCCGGCGUUUCUCAGGGCUCGGGCUUGCCCCCGGCCCACGUGUCAAGUAGUGAUAACCUGAUGGUAGAGCUGUUAGGUGUGUCGAGCCUGUUGGUUUCACUUAAGGUUCUCGCCAGCACAGUGCCUUUGACGGAACAAGUGGUAGGCUGCGGUUCUGACGGUGCUUUGACAUUGCGUCUUCUUGUCCUCUUCUCGGUGCAGGUCGCCCUGCUGAUCGAUCAUCAGCUUCCAUUCAUCACUUCAACCAUUCAAAAGAACCGAGAGGCAAUCGACCAGAGGGAGGAGAAGAUCUUCGGGCAACUGGGGGACAGCAUGAGAGAGCUGCUCAGGAAGCUGGAACCGCACGUCGGCGAGCUCGACCAGGGCAUCAAAAAUGCCUUUCAUCGACUGGCCGAGAAGAUAAAUGGCGGCGCUGCAGUCGCAUCUUCUUCUCUUGGCGAGUCCCUGCACGGCUUCCUGCACUCGUUCAUGCUGAUUCCAUCCGAGAAGCGGAACCUUCUCCUGGAGAUUGUAGCGGCGUGGACUGUCGAGCUCUUCACAAGGUACAUGGCAGAAUGGAGGUGGCCUGAGAGCGCUGAGUUGGGGUGUGUCUUUGCAGGUGUCCUCCCAACAAUCGUCACUCAUCCAGCAGGGAGGGCUCAAGACAGCCGAAAGGCCGCCGUGUUGGGUGCCGGGUGCCUGGCUGCUAUCAUGCCAACUGCCUGAGAACCGGACACCAUUACUGCAAAUGGUGCAAGGACACCGACUCUGCCCACUUCGCCGCUGAUUGCCACCGCAAGCCCGGCUUCAGCGGGGAAUACCCAGCAAACACGGCUUUGGUGAGUGGGCCAAACAAACGGGGACCGCUGCAUGAGCCCAUUUGGUGUGUCUGCUCAUGCUCUUAGGCAUUUUUAUUGCCCUGGCCGUCGUUCCCAUUCUGGUCGCACUACCCGUCACCCCAGUACAGCUCCCCUCGCAGCAUCCAAGACAUCCUGGCCCACCACGCCCACGAUCACGGCCGCGCAAAGGAGCCCACGGACGUCACCCGUCUGCUGAGCACGCUGCAGUCGGCCAUGGGCGGCCGAGGGGGCAGCUUCCGUGGAGUGGAAAAGAUGUGGACCUCCAUCUUCAUCGACGAGACGCUGCCCGUCCUGUGUGACGUCCUCUCCAAGGGCGGCUACAGCUUCCCUCUGCGAUCCUCCUCCAACAACCCGGGCAGCGGCAUGGAGAAACAGAUGACGGCUCGGCAGUGCUUCGCCCUCAUCGGCGCGGGCUUCCUCUGUCUGCACAAGCACGACGAUCCAGGCAGCCUCAACUUUGACCGCCUGUUCGACAACAGCACACCCUCUGGCAUGGCCAAGCUGCAGUGCUUCAUCAACUACCUCGACACCAUGGCGCGGGCCAUCAAGGAGAACAAGAGCACCGAGACGGAUCGUGUGGUCAUCUUCCAAGCCCUGCAUAGCCCAGCGGCGGGGCUUCAGGAGUGGUCGGAGUCGACUGCCACUCUGGUGGACGUGCGAUUCGUGGAAGGCACCCAAGCGUCCAUCUUCGACUCGGAGGGCAUUAGGGGCGACUUCGCCAACGAGGACAUCGGUGGCGGAACGCUGGGAAACGGUACGCAGACCACCUCAGGGGACCCACAUGCCUUCUUGCAUGUGUGUCUGUGUCUUGCUGUGUGUGUGUGUGUCUGUGUCAGGUGCGGUGCAGGAGGAGAUUUUGUUCUCAAUCGAGCCUGAGUGCCUUGUCGCCCGCUACCUCUUCCCCAGAGCCAUGCAGCCCACAGAGGCCUUCAUGAUCGUCGGCUCCAAGACGUUCAGCCGCACAUCGGGAUACGGCCGCGAGACCCUCCGCUUCGCUGGCCCUGUCCUCGACACCGCCACCACGAGACACGUCGAUGGCCAUCCGGUGCUGAACAAGUACAUCGUGGCCUUCGAUGCCGUCAACUUUGGCAAGCACGGGGGCGAUCAGCAGUACGACGAGACGUGUGUGCUGCGGGAGCUCAACAAGGCACACACGGCGUUCCACUGCAAUGGCCUGACGGUCGUCAGUGGCAUGCCCUUCGCGACGGGUGAGUGAGGCACACACACAGAAUGGUCAUCUUGUCUUGUCUGCACAUCUGCGUCGGCUCGUGUGUCUGUGCGUGUGUCUGUCUGUCCAGGCAAUUGGGGCUGCGGUGUGUUUGGUGGCGACCCCCAGUGA